AUGCUAGUUCCCGUGGCUGGAAACGCGCUUAUGGACCCUACACAGUGGCAGGGCUGUGUGACCUUUGAGGACGUGGCUGUGUCCUUCUCCCAGGAGGAGUGGGGGCUGCUUGAUGAGACUCAGAGGCUCCUAUUCUGUGAUGUGAUGCUGGAGAACUUUGCAAUCAUAGCCUCCCUGGUUACUCAACAUGAGAGCAUCUGCAAUGAAGAGGGGAUUUAUGAGGGUAGCAAAUGUAAGAAAGACUUCACUUGCAAGUAUGGACUUGUUCAGAACCAGGGAAGUCACACUGGAGAAAAGCCAUAUGAAUGUGGUGAAUGUGGAAAAUCCUUUAGAUACAAAUGUUUACUUAUUUACCAUGAGAGAGUUCAUACUGGAGAAAGGCCUUAUAAGUGUGAGGAAUGUGGGAAAUCAUUUAGAGAUUCCUCAACCCUAAUUCAGCAUCAGAAAAUUCACACCGGAGAAAGACCUUAUGAGUGCAGUGAAUGUGGGAAAUGCUUUAACCGUAGAUCUGACCUGAAUAAACACCAGAGAAGUCACACCGGGGAAAGGCCUUAUGAGUGCAGCGAAUGUGGGAAAUUCUUUGGCCGUCACUCCCUCCUUCAUAAACAUAAGAGAAUCCAUUCUACAACUACACCGUAUGAGUGUAGCAAAUGUGGGAAAUUCUUCAGCUAUUGCUCCUAUCUCAAUAAUCACAGGAGGAUUCACGCAGGAACAGAGCUCUAUGAGUGUUGUGAAUGUGGAAAAUCCUUUAGCCAAGGGUCUAGUCUCAUUCAGCAUCAGAGAAUUCACUUUCGAUCUAUGGCCUAUGAGUGUGGCGAAUGUGGGAAAUCUUUUAGCCGUAAAUCUCUACUUAUUUACCACCAGAGAGUUCAUACAGGAGAAAGGCCUUAUCAGUGUAUGGAAUGUGAAAAAUCAUUUUGUCAUCGCUCAGCCUUCAUUCGACAUUGGAAAAUUCACACUGGUGAAAGGCCUUAUGAGUGCGUUAAAUGUGGGAAGUUGUUUAGCCGUAGCUCCCACCUUAAUAAACACAAGAGAAUUCAUGUUGGAGAAAAACCUUUAAGUGUAGCAAAUAUGGGAAGUUCUUUUUCUACAAACGUGGCCACACUUGACACUGGAGGAGUUCACAUAGGAGCAAAGCCUUAUGAGUGUGGGGAAUGGGAAAUUCUCUAG